CGGCCCGGGCUGGCGGGGCGGGAGGCGAAGAUGGCGGAGCCGAGCGGCGGCGGCGGGUCCGGCCCCGGCGGGGAGGGCGAGGCGGCCCCGGGCGGCCCCGGCGGGGCCCUCAUCCGCGUCACCGUGAAGACCCCCAAGGACAAGGAGGAGAUCGUCAUCGCGGACGGCGCCUCCGUGCGGGAGUUCAAAGAAGAGAUUUCCAGGAGGUUUAAAGCCAAACAGGAUCAGCUGGUUCUGAUCUUUGCCGGGAAGAUCCUGAAGGAUGGAGACACGUUGAAUCAACACGGGAUCAAAGAUGGGCUGACUGUGCACUUGGUCAUUAAGACUCUGCAGAAGGUCCAAGAUUCAACAUCUGCUGCUUCUGCCCCCAAUGCUGCUUCUGCCCCCACUGCAACCCCUUCCUCUCCUGCUGCCCCAUCUCAGCCGUCCACAUCCAGCAGCACGGCUCCCGAGGCGGGGGGCGGCCGGCGGAGCAGCGGGACAGGGACCGCGGGAGGCCCCGGGGACGGCGGCCCCGGCAGCGCUGCCUCCAUCCUGUCUGGCUUUGGUGGCAUCACUGGACUGGGCAACCUUGGCAUGGGCUCUGCCAACUUCAUGGAGCUCCAGCAGCAGAUGCAGCGCCAGCUGAUGUCCAACCCUGAGAUGCUUUCUCAGAUCAUGGAGAACCCCUUGGUGCAGAACAUGAUGUCUAACCCUGACCUCAUGAGGCAGAUGAUCAUGGCCAAUCCCCAGAUGCAGCAGCUGAUGGAGCGAAACCCAGAGAUCAGCCACAUGCUGAACAACCCAGAGCUGAUGAGACAGACAAUGGAAUUGGCUCGAAACCCUGCCAUGAUGCAGGAGAUGAUGAGGAACCAGGACCGUGCCCUGAGUAACCUGGAGAGCAUCCCAGGGGGCUACAACGCGCUGCGCCGCAUGUACACGGACAUCCAGGAGCCCAUGUUCAGUGCAGCCAGGGAGCAGUUUGGCAACAACCCUUUCUCAUCCUUGGCGGGGAACUCUGACAGCUCCAGCUCCCAGCCCUUGCGGACGGAGAACAGGGAGCCUCUGCCCAACCCCUGGAGCCCCAGCCCUGCAGCCUCCCAGAGCCAGGCACCCAGCGAGGGCAGCACGGGCUCAGCCACCACCCAGAGCCCACCCACCGUGUCCAACCCCUUCGGGCUGAACGCUGCCAGCAUCGGGGCUGGGAUGUUUAACAGCCCAGAGAUGCAAGGCCUCCUGCAGCAGAUCUCUGAAAACCCUCAGCUGAUGCAGAACAUGAUCUCUGCCCCUUACAUGAGGAGCAUGAUGCAGACUCUUGCCCAGAACCCAGACUUUGCAGCACAGAUCAUGGUAAAUGUCCCCCUCUUUGCUGGGAAUCCACAGCUCCAGGAACAGCUCCGCCUGCAGCUCCCUGUCUUCCUGCAGCAGAUGCAGAACCCAGACUCCCUGUCCAUCCUCACCAACCCCCGUGCCAUGCAGGCUCUCCUCCAGAUCCAGCAGGGCCUCCAGACGCUGCAGACAGAGGCCCCAGGACUAGUGCCAAGCCUCGGCUCCUUCGGCAUGCCCCGAAUGCCCCCGUCCUCCACGGGAGGAAGCACAAUCCCGGAGAACCCCGUUCCCUCCGCGUCGACGCCGGCCAGUGCCUCUCCAGCCGGGGCUGGGACCCCCCAGCAGCAGCUGAUGCAGCAGAUGAUCCAGCUCUUGGCUGGAGGAAGCUCCCAAGUACGUAGCUGCCCACUGCAGGCUCAAACUAGGAGCAAGGCCUGGCCCAAUGGGUCUGUCUUGGUGUGGUGCUUUGUGUUGAG